AUGAAAGGAGUCAAGGGUGGCGAAUUGGAUUGUCUAAGGAGAGGUGGAGCUGCUUUGGGACAAUCGCAAAACUCAUGAACGAAGCUUCGGAAGUUUGGCCGCGCGCGGAGGAGUUCCCGACGUCCAAAAGUUACGAUCUUGAUAUGGAAAGAUAGAUACUUGAGUCAUGCAUCACGUCGAAGUGGAAUGAAGCCAUUUGGAUCAACUAUGAGGCCUAGACUUAUUUUCUACCGAGACAUGUCCGGUAAGCGAGAAACGAAGCCCAUGGAGGAUUUGGAGUGUCUAAUGGCCCGAGCAGCAGCGCCAAAGGCCUUGAUCGAAUAG